AUGGUAGACGUGACCGUGCCGUUCGAAAAUAAUUUCAAGGCGAGAUUAGAAAAAGUACAAAAGUAUCAGCCACUCGCGGACGCGUUAACUAGAAGCGGUCACGUCGUCUAUGUCGACGGCUUCGUUGUAGGCACCCUGGGCGCCUGGCACCUUCACAAGGACCAUAUUUGGAAGUAUCUCAUCAGAAUACGCGUCACUGAUGAGGAAGCUUAUGGUCUUGGAAACAAUCGCGUGGUCCCGGGACAUAUACGUUGCACAUGUUUCAGGUAUCCGACAGUAUAGCAUGCAGGAGUCUGCCGCGCAAGAAACGGCGCCUUCCGUGAGCACGUCGGCGAUCGCGUCCACGCAUACAAGUAAUAGCACUGCCACUUCACAGUCAGAUCGCAACAGUAAAUGUCUCCGAGGCCAUAGCAGCGCAGUUAACCUCGGGCCCUUAACGACUGUUGGUUCUGAAGCGCACACCUGCACGCCGGUGGGGCUGGAACAUUCUCACUACAUACUUCUUUUCUGA